AUGUCAGAUCAAUCCUCACUACAACCGCCACCGCCGGGGAACCCGCGCAAGCGGAGAAGCGCGGACAACCUUUCUAGUCAGACGAAAAAGAUCUUGCCAACUCCGCCGAAGGGCGCAUCUCUGUCAGAUGCCGUGCACGCAGCACCCACCCAGGGGGGUUCCACUCGCGAAGAUAUCCCCACCGACAACAUCAUCAGCGUCGACAAUAUGGCCAAGACGGCAGUAGAUACUGCGUGGAUUUUUGAGCCUUCUUUAUGUUUUACCCACGACGCAACCAUUGCCGCAUUGGAGUCUAUUGUACGUUGCUGGGCUCCCACCAGCGGUUUGAUCCCGACGGAAGAUCUAGAGCGCUGGUACAAGGGGCUCUCAGCCGAUGAAAUAACAGCACUUGCUAUCCUCGCGUGGCAUUUUGGCACGGAUGAAGUCGGACUCGGCGAACUCUGCUCAUUCAUAUCUUCUCUUCCGGAUGAUGCUGAUGGGCUCGAAAACAUUUGGGCCAGGAACAGAUUUCGUCAGGGCUGGAAUUUCAAGACUUCUGCAGAAUUCGAGUCUAUGCUUCACACCGUGAAGGCUUUUCAGCAUCCUGCUUUCGCUGAGAUUGCGGCACAAAGCCACGGAGUUCAGAAAGUGGUUGAGUCGGAUUUACAAAAAUGGCUGGAUGAUUUUCAUAUGUUGUAA